AUGAGGGAACCCCAAGAGUUGAAGGCUUGUUUCCCCAAUCCACAAAACCCAGAGCUAUCUAUGCAGAGUGUCGUGGCGGACAAUGCAGACUGGGGCCGCACUACAACGUAUCAGACCUUCCAGACCACCGUUGCUAACAACAAGGACCGCCCUUAUUUGGGUGAGCGCACUGUGGUGCAGAAUGAGGAUGGCAGCACAACCACUGGUGACUACAAAUUUAUAUCUUUCAAGGAGGCUGAUGAGACUGCCACUCACAUUGGCUCUGCUCUGAAGUCAUUGGGCGUUGCCAGGAAUACGCCAAGAAUCGAGCAGAAUGGACAUUGA